GUUCUUUGGCAACGCGUCAUUGCUACGAUUUACGUUGUCUGUGCACUAUCAUUGGUGGCUCGGUUGUCACUACGAAGCAGCGGUAAAGGACAUAUCGAAAGAAAUGACUGACUGGGUUGGAUACGGGUAUGCAGCCCUCAUUGCAUCCGGGGGAGCGAUGGGCUAUGUCAAAGCACGCAGUGUCCCCUCCUUGGCAGCAGGUCUUCUAUUCGGGGGCCUAGCUGGGGUUGGUGCCUACCAGAUAUCACAAGAUCCCAAAAAUAUUUGGGUGUCACUAGUCACAUCAGGAGCCCUGGCAGGUGUGAUGGGAAAGAGAUUCUACGGCUCCAGGAAGAUUAUGCCUGCUGGACUGAUGGCAGCAGCAAGUAUCCUUAUAGUAGGAAAGCUCGGUGUUGGAAUGCUGCUGCAGAAGCCCCAGGAGUCAUAGUGCAUUGAUAUGAACACUUUCAGACACUGAUGUAAAAAUCACUAUCCUCUCUUUAUUUUCUACUGUCUUGUAUUGUUCAGGUACAACCUGUCAUCAGUCAUAUGUGGAUGUUAUUUUGUAAAAAUUUAUAAUUGAACACUGAUUAUAAUAUCUUAUAAAAUGACAAGGACUGUU